AAUUAAAAAAUAUUUAAAUAAAAUAAAUGUUUUUCAUACAAAUUAGAUAAUCUACGCAUCAUUCUUUCAUCGUGAAAAUAAUAUCGUAACAAUUCUUUUUUAAAUUUGUUGACAUAAUGUCAUACAAAGUAUCAUUUCUGUUUUUCAGUCUUUCACACUAUUAAAAAAAUAUAUUUAUCAUCAAAAUUUAGAGAACAUCUUAAUUUAUAGCUCAUGUUCCUAUUAUUAACUUUUUAAAUUAAAAAAAAUGUUUUGAUGUACUUCGCUGGGUGUCUAGGAAUCCAUUAAGUUUGGUCUUCCAAUUUCUAAUCUAAAUUAUCUACAAGAAGAAGAAGGGACACAUGUCUUUGAAACAUAACCUUUUAUUUGUGUUGUAAUUUUUACUUAAUUUGAAUCUUAAUUUUCUCAAAAUUACUUGAAAAUGUCGUGGAUAUUUGGUUACGGUAAAAGUAAAGAUCAAACUCCUGAUUUAUCUCAAUUAGGCUUGGGAGCCCCUUCUGGAGCUGGCGGUUCCGGUGGAGAUGACAAGGAACCUCCAAAUUUGACUAAGGCUGAACGAAGAGCGAUGGAGGCCUACAGGUUCGAUUCUACUGCAUUAGAACGAGCUGCUCAGGCGGCAAAGGAACUGGAGAAAUCAAAACAUGCAAAAGAAGCUUUAGAAUUAUCUAAAUUGCAAGAAACCACUCGUCAGGUAGAACAGCAAGCCAAAAUUAAGGAAUAUGAAGCACAUAUUGCUCAAAUGCAAAUUGAAAGUAAGAGAGCUGAAGCUGAAGAAAAAAGAAAACUCUUACAAGAAGAAACUAGACAACAUCAAACUAGAGCCCAAUAUCAAGAUCAAUUGGCAAGAAAGAGGUAUGAUGAUCAGUUAUUGCAGCAGCAGAGAAUGAAUGAUGAAAACCUAAGAAGGCAAGAAGAAUCUGUAGCAAAACAAGAAGCAAUGAGGAAAGCUACUAUUGAACACGAGAUGGAGCUUAGACACAAAAACGAGAUGAAGAAAGUUGAAGCAGAAUUGAAAGCCAAAGCAAAGAUUGAUAGAGAAAAUAGAGAUUUAACUCUAGAACAAAUCAGACUUAAAGCUGAACAAAAUCGAAUCACUGUUUUGGAGAGUAUAAGGACUGCUGGUUCAGUUAUAGGAACAGGAGCACAAACACUUCUUACAGAUUGGAACAAAGUCCUUACAGCUGCUGGAGGCUUAUCUCUAGUUGCCCUAGGUAUCUACUCUGCCAAAGGAGCAACCAGUAUUACUGCUAGAUACAUAGAAUCUAGAUUAGGCAAGCCUUCAUUGGUAAGAGAGACUUCAAGAUUUUCUGUAUUGGAAGGUCUAAAACAUCCCAUUAAGACUUUGAAGAGUUGGAAAAAUACAGGGGAAGAUGCUUUAUCUGGUAUAGUUCUGGCACCCAAAUUGGAAGGUAGAUUGCGAGAUGUAGCUAUAGCUACAAAGAACACUAAACAAAAUAAAGGACUUUACAGAAAUAUUUUGAUGCAUGGACCACCUGGGACAGGAAAAACUAUGUUUGCAAAGAAACUUGCCAAACAUUCUGGAAUGGAUUAUGCUAUAUUAACAGGUGGAGAUAUCGCUCCAAUGGGAAGAGACGGAGUUACAGCCAUUCACAAAGUAUUCGACUGGGCAAAUAGCACCAGAAAAGGUCUUAUACUUUUUGUCGAUGAAGCUGACGCGUUUUUACGUAAACGUUCUUCCGAAAAUAUUUCAGAAGAUCUUAGAGCUACACUUAAUGCAUUCUUAUACCGUACAGGAGAACAGAGUGGAAAAUUCAUGUUAGUUUUAGCUUCAAAUACGCCCGAACAGUUCGAUUGGGCUGUUAACGAUCGUUUAGAUGAAAUGGUCGAGUUUGAUUUACCUGGUUUGGAGGAAAGAGAACGUCUCAUUAGAUUAUAUUUCCAGAAAUUUGUUUUGGAACCAGCUACUGAAGGAAUUAGACGCUUGAAAGUAGAUAACUUCGACUAUAGUGCUUUAUGUAGUAAAAUGGCUCGAAUGACAGAAGGUAUGUCAGGUAGAGAGAUAGCUAAACUUGGUGUAGCUUGGCAGGCAGCAGCUUAUUCAUCAGAAGACGGAGUACUAACAGAAAAAAUGGUCAUUGAUAAAGUCAAGGAUCAUGCCAGACAGCACCGACAAAAGGUUGAAUGGCAAUCGGAGCAAGAGAGGAGGGAAUCAAAAAGUAUAUACCAUUCUGAAAAGGAGGAUUCUUACAUCCCAGCUGGUCUCAAAGCUAUUGAAGAUACUGCAACAGUAGAUCCAAAUCCAAUUAAAGUUAAAAUAGAAAGUACAACUAAAGACGAUUCAAUAAAAGUAGAUAUCAAUAAAGAAACCGCCAAAGAGGAAGAUACCAUUCAAACAAAUACCAAACCAAAUGAAAGAUAGGUGUACUAAAUCGUAGAUUUUAAUAGUAAACAAAGUUAGGUUAAAGUCAAACGGUACUCUUGAUUCUUUUAUCGUUUACUUGGGACCUAGUCAAGGAAUCGAAAUUUAAGUAAGGAAAUGGUUCAGCAUGGAUGAAUUAUUUGAUUUUGGUGAACUGUUUAAUUAAUUAAAAAGUCAAUCUUUUUUUUCAGUUAAUUUUAUGCAUAUUCAAAAUUAUUUUUCAUAGGAAAUAAGUGUCAUAUUUCUCUAUCAAAAAAAUUUAAGUACUCGACUGUACUUAACUAUUUUCGUUUCUUAUAACAUCUUGAUUUUGUUACACCGACCUGUUAGUACAAUCGAAAGUUUCAUGAGGAAUAUUUAUUAUUCCUAUUUUGCUGAAAUAUAAACUGCUUUCAUCUGUUUUAUUAUUUAUUAAAAUACGAGCUGCAUUUAUUCUUCACUAUUUUGACUGCUCUCGAACAUAAUUUUUAUAUUUAUUUUUUAAUUAAUGCGAAAAAAUAUGAAUUGUGAUAUUUUGAAUGCCACUCAGAGGAAAUUGUACUACUUUCCUGCGUUCAGAUGUAUUUGAUAUUUUGUUAACUGUUGUUGAAAAAACAAGGACGUUUUUAUAGAAAAAAUUAAAAGUUCCAUGUUAAA